UCUCUAAAACCCUAAAUCCUGCCCCCGUGCUCUUCUUUCGACAAUUCUCCGAGCCUCAAACCCCUCGUCUCCACAUGCCCGCGGCCAUGGCGAAGUCGCUGGCGGCCUCCAAGAAAAAAGCUGAUCGCGUCGAGCAAGAAGAGCCAGAGGAGCCAUCGGAAAACGGUUUUGUGAGGGAAUACGGUGAUCAAGAAGAGGAAUCCGAGCGUAGUGAUGCGGUGGGUUCAUCGGAAGACGAGAGAUCCUCUGGAGAAGGUGAGAAAGAUGGGAAAGACGAUGGAAAAAUUCAUCAGUCGUCGGAGGAGAGUGAUUCAUCUGAAGAUGAGGUGGCUCCCAGGAAUACGAUUGGGGAAGUUCCAUUGGAGUGGUAUAAGGAUGAGGAGCACAUUGGAUAUGACAUCACGGGGAAGAAGAUCAGGAAGCACGCUAGGAAGGACAAAAUUGACUCUUUUCUAGCCGGGGUAGAUGAUUCGAAAAAUUGGAGAAAGAUUUAUGAUGAGUACAAUGAUGAAGAGGUGGAAUUGACAAGGGAGGAGAUUAGAAUUAUCCGUAGAUUGCUGAAGGGAAGGACUCCGCAUGCAGAAGUUGAUCCAUAUGCGCCCUAUGUUGAUUGGUUUGACUGGGAGGAUAAAGGACAUCCUCUCUCAAAUGCACCGGAGCCAAAGAGACGAUUCAUUCCUUCCAAAUGGGAACAGAAAAAGGUUGUUCAAUAUGUCAGAGCCAUUCGCAAGGGCCUGAUUAAGUUUGACAAACCAAAGGAAGAGCCUCCUUUUUAUUUAUUGUGGGGAGAUGAUUCUAGUGUGGCAGAGAACAAACGGCAUGGUUUGAGUUAUAUUCCUGCACCAAAACCAAAACUGGCUGGUCAUGAAGAGUCAUACAACCCUUCUAUAGAAUACAUCCCUACUCAAGAGGAGAUCAAUUCGUACCAGCUCAUGUUUGAAGAAGACCGUCCUAAAUUUAUUCCAAGAAGGUAUGAGUCCCUUAGGAGUGUACCUGCUUAUGAGAAUGCUCUUAAAGAAGGAUUUGAUAGAUGUUUGGACCUGUAUUUGUGCCCUAGAACUCGCAAAAAACGUAUUAACAUUGAUCCUGAGUCUCUAAGACCCAAGCUACCUAGUAAGAAAGAUUUGAAGCCUUAUCCCUUGACAUGUUAUCUUGAGUAUAGAGGCCACAGUGGUCCUGUCAAUUCAAUUUCAAUUGAAGUAUCAGGGCAGUGGAUAGCAUCUGGUUCAACUGAUGGAAUGGUACGUAUUUGGGAGGUUGAAACUGGUCGUUGCCUUCGAGUGUGGGAUAUUGGUGAAGCUGUGCAGCACAUUGCAUGGAAUCCUUUGCCUGAGCUUCCAAUAUUGGCAGUUUCUGCGGGGCAUGAGGUGCAUCUAUUGAACACAGGACUAGGAGAUGCAGAAGAAAAGAUGCAUAUUAAAGAGCUCCUCCAUGUUGAGGAAGUGUUAACUGAUGAUGCCGGAAAUAGCGCAUCUGCUGUGAGUUGGGUUCAACAUGAAAAGCACGAUGGCAUCACGCUGAAGCAUCUUAAGACUGUGUCAACAGUUGAAUGGCAUCGUAAAGGCGACUAUUUCACUACAGUUAUGCCGAGUGGUGAUUCAAGAGCAGUAUUGAUACACCAACUAUCCAAGAAACAUACAGCAAAUCCCAUCAAGAAGUUGCGUGCGCCUGCAGUUUCAGCAGUUUUCCAUCCAACACGUCCCUUUUUCUUUAUCUCAACAAAGAAAAAUGUUCGUGUUUAUGAUCUUUCUAAAAAUAAACUAAUUAAGAAGCUUGAGCCAGGUCUUCGUGAGGUUUCUUCGAUUGCUAUCCAUCCCGGAGGUGAUAAUGUAAUUGUGGGGAGCAAAGAAGGAAAAAUGUGCUGGUUUGAUAUGGACCUAUCAUCUCAACCAUACAAAAGAUUGCCGGCUCACCCUAAGGAUAUAACAAAUGUUGCUUUUCAUCGCUCAUACCCUCUUUUUGCCUCAUGUUCUGAUGAUUGCACGGCGUAUGUGUUUCAUGGCAUGGUGUAUUCAGAUCUUAACCAGAAUCCUCUUAUUGUUCCAUUGGAAAUUCUCCAUGGCCAUACAAGCUCAAAUGGUAGAGGUGUAUUGGAUUGCAAGUUCCAUCCGAGACAACCAUGGUUGUUCACUGCUGGUGCUGAUUCAGUGAUCAAGCUUUAUUGUCAUUAAGAUCUCGAUGCAAAGCCCUAGAAGAAAGGUGCAGUAGGGUAUCUUUAAAAGCAAGAAAUUGAUUAGAAAUCAAUGUUCUUUUGGCGGGGUACACUAGAAAUUCCUUUGAGAAAGAUGAGCAGUACUGAGGUCCAUGGAAACUAAUUGGCAUGAUCUUCCUUAUCAUAUGUAUCAUAUUAUUUCAUGUUUUCAUCUAGUUCUUGGCUGAUCAUCUGUUUGAAAGUUACUUUUUUUGUAUUAUUUUGGACGGUAAGAGUCAGCAUCCUCAGCAACUGUAAUGUAAGUUAUAAAGCUUCUAUCUUCCCCACAUUGGGCUCACAUAUUAUUUAAGGAAUUUUC